AUGGAAGGUGAUAUAUUCGGAGAACUAGGCGAUACGAGUCAAGUAGAUAGUAGGCUUUUACAGGUAUUUCAGAAGAGUUUAUUGCAAGCGCAAGAUAUUUUGAAUCAAAACCGGCUUUUAAUCAAUGAGAUAAACCAAAAUCAUGAGUCUAGGAUGCCUGAUAAUCUGAGCAGAAAUGUCGGUUUGAUUAGAGAGCUCAAUAGCAAUAUCAGAAGAGUGGUUGAUCUUUAUGCUGAUCUUUCGAGUUCUUUUACCAAGUCGCAAGAAGCUUCGUCUGAAGGGGACUCGAGUGGAACUCUAAAAUCGGAUGGAAAAGUCAACCAGAAGAGAAUUAGAUCAAGUUAA